AUGACCACCAGCACUGUGAGCAGGAAACGAGUAACCUCGCAUGUGGUCAGUAGAGGAAGAUCGCGUUCAAAGACAACCACAGAGCGCGAACGCCGCUUCAUUAGCGAUGGCACCUACGAUCAUAGCGGAAUACGCAAAAUGGCUCAACGCGUUGUAAUGAGCGUUCCGGAGGAGCCGCUGGUUCGACGGCCUUCAGAAGCUGCCCCAGUGCAUACAAUAUACCCAUCAUGGUGGGGGCACAGGGAACACCAGGGCUUGCGACCUCACACUGCCUAUUCACACCCGGUGAGGGAUGCUGUAGUAGUAGAGACCACUGGAGCAUUCUCGCAAAAUUGGUCAUAUCCUAAACGCAUGGUUGACGAGAUGACGCAAACUGCCAACAAUGCGCAAAUACUGUCACGGUUGGCAACACAUGAGAGAAACAAGAUGCAAUCCCAGGGUGUCAAUGAAUUCUUUGUUUCACUGGCGAAUAACGAGGAAGCAAAUGAAGUAUCUGAGACACAUGGAACUUUGAAUAGACGGGAAAAGCCUUUGGAGGGCAGGAGACAGGACAGCGAGUCUUCUCAGCAUAACCAGCUAUCAAAGCAUAAGACUACGGUGCCGGACGAGUCAGUAUUUGCAACUACGACAACAGAAGCUGCUGUGCAGUCACGACAAGUUCCUCCGCAACAUUUCGCAACGUUCACGAUCUGCGCGCCGAGUGCGUCAAACAAGCCGCCUCCUACCCUCCUGGAAAUUGCCAGCAACUUUCUAAAGAGCGACAUCAUUCAUUGUUUGGACUUGAGGGCGCUGGAAGUUGAAAGUGACGGGGACGACGACGUGGUGGAAGCCAUACGCUGACAAAGUCAAUGUAGUUGCUAUGGUAACAAUAUGAC